UCUCUCUCUCUGUGUGUCCCCAGCAAAUGGACCAUGCAGUGUAUACAUUUGAGCAGAUUCUCCACCAGAGUCUGGAGUCUCAGGGUACAGAGGAGCUCUGUAAGGCCAUCCAGCGCUGCCAGGACAGAGUCAUUAAGAAAUUUGACUAUGACAGCAGCACAGUGAGGAAGCGAUUCUUCCGCGAGGCUCUGCUGCAGAUCUUCAUCCCCUAUAUGCUGAAGCAGCUCAGCCCGGCAUGCGGCUCGGUGAGUCCCAACCUGCAGGAUUAA